AUGGUAUUUUUUGGCAUGGAAUCCCCAAACAGUACUCCUAACUCAAACCAACUGGAACCUGGUGCCACAUCACAGACACAGUUGUUUGACGCAGUAGAGAAACUUGUGGAGAAGUGUGUCCUUCUUGAAGCGCAACCUGCAGCAGUACUUUUACUGAUAUACAACAAUCAGAACAUCCCCAAAUUUUUAAGUGUAGGUACCCAGAUUGUAACAGAGAAUAUCAACACGAGAAGCGGAGAAGCGGAGAAACAACCAUGAAGUUACAGUGCAUGACCUGAACAUAACAAAUCAUGAGCAAAAUGAAAGAAGUCCCCCAGAUCCUUGCAAUGAAGAUGGGAUUUUCAAUUACUUGCAUAACAUUCUCAAAACAGGUCUUCUUCUUAAAGAUUUCCAAGAUGCAAUUAAAGAGGGUGACAAAGGAAGAGUUGAAUACCUAUGGAAAUUUAUGAUGCUGUUGUUUAAAGUGAGUGGGAAGACAAAAUAUGCUUUGGCAGCUGUAAGGCUCUACGCACAACUUCAUGCACUACUAAAACCAAAAGAGGCCCAUUCUCUCCGCUGGAACCGUAAUGUAAAUCUCAAAGGUGGGGUGGGGAGAAACAUUGCAAUUGAUCAAGCCAUAGAGCAUUGUGUGAGAGACACGAAGCAGCUGAUGUAUGGCCAAGGUGCAAACCUUUCUUUCAAGGUGGCUCAGACCUACAGCAGGGCUAGUGACGAUGUCAAGUCCAUCAUGGCCAAUUUUGAUCAGACAACUAAUGUCCGCAGAGAGUCAACAAAACACAAAAGAGGGGAAGAUUCAGACAUCACUACCAUUGUCAACAUUUUAAAGGAAAUUGAAGCAUUUUGCGAAGUUCCUGGAAGAACACACCCUAAAGUUGGAUCCAUCCAUAAAGACCCCAUAUCUGUUCUUGACUUUGCAGACUUAAAUGCAUGGCUAACAAAGCACAAGAACAGCUGGAUNUGGAUCCAUCCAUAA